CAUUGGGUGAGAAAACGGCGCCAAGGAUGUAGAAGCAAGGCUGGCAGAGAGGAGGAAAGAAAAGUCAGGAGGCAGGUGCCACGGACGCGUCAACUGUACCACUACGGCCCUGGACCUCCGCGACGCGUAGAUGGAUGACGACGAUGACAGAAGCACUGUCGAGCACGCCGAAGGCGAGGAGCCACUCACAAGGCGCGAUAUCCUUGGACCGGUCGUCAAACGUGUCGUCGAUGCGCUCGGUGGGUACGAAGGCGAUGUAUACAGGCUCGGCGACGAGGCCUAUGGGUGUCUGAAGGACCUCAAGAGGCUCUGGCGGAAGGACGACACUGACGAUGAGCGCACCGUAGCCCGUCUUUUCUGGGAGACGCGCGUCCUGACGAACGACAUCAUACCCAUACUUCUCGAAACGGCGGGCAAAGGCCUCGUCGAGGACAAGCAAGCAAUAGCCUGCGCUGACCUCCUAACGGCAAUGACCUGGCCUAUCGAUAUGGCUGAGGAGCUCAAGGAGCUCGACGAAGAACUCGAUAAGGGUACCGACUACACUCAGCUGCUUCAAAGCCAUCUGCACUACAAAGCAGCGCUCCUCAAGCCCGGCGUGAUACAGGCGCUCUUUGGCAUAUUACUUCCACCGCUCGCCAAACAGCAGAAAGAACGCACAGCCCGCGAUGGACAAAUCGUGCAUGUCGUGCUCUAUUUCUUCCGGAAUCUAGCCUUCAUCAAGGACCUACCCAUUAACAUGCACCUCAGCUCGGACCAAGCCGAGUUCUCCGCUAUGCAGACGAAGCUCGUUCAUGUCAUGUCAGAAACACAUGCAUUCGAGCUCCUCUUCACCAUUGCUUCCAAUACAGGCAACGACCCUCUCUUCAAUACCUGGAAUACUCUCGUCCUCGAGAUCUUCUACCUCUUACUUCGAGGCACCAAACCUACGUCGCUCACUCUGGAUCCCGCGAAGCAACCCCAAGAAAACCUCCGCCGGCUCCUGGCCACUGAAGACCGUAGAAAGAAAGAGAUAGCUCGCAAGGCAUCAUCACGUCAUUCACGCUUCGGAACCACAAUAGCCGUUUCCCUAAACCCCAACAAGAAACCCAAGCCGGCGGAGGACGCGGGUAACGAAGCUGACGUCGAGUCCUCGAAGAGCCAGCCCUUCGUCCUCCAUCGCCAACAGGCCAUCAAAGAAUCCACGGGUACUAUUUGGGACAUGAAAAAAAAGCAAAAGAAGAAGCGAGACAAGGUCGUCGACGAACUCAGUCGAACAGAUAAUCUGUCGUCAGAAGCGAAGAUAAUACUGCGGCAGUUCGCCGUCAACUUCUUGGACGGCUGCUUUAACUCAUUCUUGUCUACGUUGAUCAGGGAUAUUCGGUCUGAACGGGCAAAGAUCACGGACAAGGACAAUCUUCGUUUACUGUACGUUACGAAAUGGUUCCUCGAGUUCUUUUUGGCCAUGCGAGCGAAGGAGAAGGACAAGGGGGGAUGCGGUUUUGAUCUCGUUGCUGAGGUUACGGAACGGACCUGGAUCGUCUGGGUGUUGAAGCGGAUGAGGGAGGCCAACGAGGAAAAACCGAAACUGUGGACGGAAUUGCAAGCCGGAAUCGAAUGCCUCACGCAGUUGCUGCUAUUGAUCGACGAUAUGGCGUCGUCCGAUAUCACGGAUCCGGUGCUGAACGAGGCAGCCGAUAUACUGCAGCAACAGUUGAUCUACAACGGAGAAGUGUUGGACAUUGCGUUUGAAAGUCUUCGAACGUACAAGGAGGGCACCCAGUCCUUGGCGUAUCUCGAUUCGAGUGUAUAUCUUGGAUACUCGCUCCUGAAAAUGCUUGAGCGUUGGGGGAAGAAGAAGUCGGGGGAAAUGUAUGUUCGCAAGAAGAAAUCGAAAAGGAAGAGGAAAGGAGAUGUCCCGGACGUCGAGGACGAAGAAGUCGAAGAGGAGGAAGUAAUCCAUGAAACUAUGUUCACUUUCGAAGCAUUUGAGAUGAAAUUCGCCCACACAGAUGUUAACCAUACCCUUCUGACGUAUCUAUCGCGAUACAAAGACUUUAGCUCGUCAGAGCAUAUGAAACGGGUGGUUAGCCUUCUACACCGCCAAGCUGUUAGAACCAAAGCAGAAGGACUAUUCUUCAAGGUAUCAACGCUCGAUCUGUUCAAAACCAUUCUAGCCGAUCAACGGUCUUUUGCGCGAGAGCAGCCCUAUAAAGAUUUAAUUAAUCUCAUAAACUUCAUUCUGCGACGUUUCUUCAAGGCCCUCGACGAAUACCCUUUUUUGGCAAUCGAGGCUUUCUUUCCUAAGAACCGUGGUCAUUGGAAGGUGUUCUCCAGUUAUGAGCCAGAAAGUGCGAUGACCAAGGAGCGAGCACAGGGACAGGACGAGGACCCGAGGGUCCCGCCUGACGUUCAUGUUAAGGAAGGACAUUCAUGGAGUGAAGAGGUUGGUAUCGUUGUGGCUGUGCUGGUUGAUGCCGGCCAAGAAGAAUGGGUGGACUGGACGAAAGAGAUUCUCACGACAGCUAUCGCCCAGCGCGAAAAAAUUAUCGAGGAGACUGAUGCUAGAGACGACGAUGCGGACGAUGAGGAUAACAGACUUGCCGUAAACCUUGACGCACCGUCAUCAGAAGCACUUGCCAAAAUGCAAGAUUAUCGGAUACCAUGUACCAAAGAUGAGCAUGCGAACGCAGUCACGAAGAAUGCUCAACUCAAGCUUCUAUUCCGAUUGUGCAAGUUUUAUAUUGAAAACGAAGAUGCGGACGAACUAGAGUGGUAUAUUCCGGCGGCCAUAAGUCCCCUUGAGCUGCGUCGAACUCUGACAGUCAUCAAUCAAUUCUUGGAGUCUCCAAUUGAUUUGAACGGCAAAAGGGCUAGCCAACUUCUGGCGAAGACACGCCGGAGGCGGCGGAAGACCCGUGCGCAAGAUUCUGACCAGGAAGAUGUGGAAGCAAGUGAUGAGGAGGAGCCUCGACGUCGGAAGAAGACGGAGAGGAAGAAGAAGGAAGAACAGCAGUACAAAUCGGCACAAUUCAUUGACGAUAGUGACGAGGAGUAUGGCGAUAUGGAAGCGUUCUUGGCUCAGGAGAAGGUGCGACGGGAGAAAGCUGCAAGAAAUCCCGCUGCGUUGGGAGAGGGGAGAAGCGGCGCGAUGAAGUCUCAUGGCACAAAGAAGCGUCGAAAAAAAGCUGGGGAUAAGGGUGACAAGAAAAGACGGAAAGGAGAGACAGACGAUAUGGCUGUGGUUGUGUUGUCUGAUGAAGUGAACUCGGACCUGGAUACUGACAUCGAGGUGGAGGAAGGGUGGAAUUCGACAGGCGCUGAUGAGCAACCUCAGCCUCCACCUGCACUACCGAAGCCUAAGCCCAUCUACAAACCCAGGGCCUCGGACAUCACGCCGUUAUCUUCGGCGGUACAUGAGAAAGGAGAUCAUCAGACUCAGACUAUCUCUAAGCGACCGGAGCAGGAGCCGACAGGUCCGCCGUCACUGCCUACGAGGAGGAAAGGGCGCCUGAUUGUUUCGGAUGAGGACGAGUAAUCAUUGUGGGCUAUAUUCUGUGUACUUAUUUUUUUUGUCCUAAGUUAAUUUUAUGUCUAUCUUUCGGGGAGAAGCA